CUGCACUUUGCCGACCGCAGCACAACACAGAGCCGCGCAGUGUGGAGGAUUUUCUGCCCGUGACAUUUUCUGACCAGGAUACUCAGUGUGUUUAACCCAGCGGAGUUGUUAAGUGGCUCAAAGUGAAAGCAGUUUAGACACAUCGGAGAAUUUCCCCCAGGGCUCAAUGAAGAACAAUUUAUUGUCUCCGGGAGCAGCGGCGCGUCCAGCCGCUGCAGGAAACCGAAGAUUUGCGCAAUUGCGCUCUCCAAAGACAUCUUCAAAGAAACCGAACGAUUAUAACUACCUGCCAGAUGCGUUGCCUCCUCUUCCUGAAGUCCCGGACUCCGGCUCGGUCCUGAGCUCCGCUGACAUCCCGGCCCGCUGCCUCCGCAACCCGGCCUUCCGCCUCGCCUCCUCGCGCUACUGCUCCGCCCACAGCAUGGACUCCUCCCCCGACAGCGCCGAAAGGCCAAUCAGCUACAGCUCCACCUCGUCCUCUGCCUCCUCCCGGGACAGUCACUGCUCUCUGGGCAGCCGCUCCACCCUCGUCCCGACCUCUCACUGUAACCCGGCCGCCUCGGACCGGGACUCCGGGGCGAUUCGGUUGGAAUUGGUCCCAGCCAGGCAGCUGGGAUGUGGGGAGGAAGAGGAGAGGCAUGACGGUGGGACGGAUACAGGGAGCACGCCAAGGAGGCAGGGCAGCGGACAGACUCCGACGGACCAGUCAGAACCAGAGCUGAGCCCAGAUGGAGGCCCGGGUCAGGUCCAGGGUCCCAGGACAUAUGUGGACCGGGUGGUGCAAGAGAUCCUGGACACAGAGAGGACCUACGUUCAGGACCUACGCAGCAUCGUACAGGACUACUUGGAGUGUAUCAGUAACCAGUCUCGCCUGGCCUUGAGUGCCGAGGAUAAAGGCUCUCUAUUCGGCAACAUCCGAGAGAUCUACCACUUUAACAGAGACCUGCUUCACGACCUCGAGAAGUGCAAUGCCGACCCCGUGGCCAUCGCCGAGUGCUUCGUAGCCAAGAGUGAAGAAUUCCACAUCUACACACAGUACUGCACCAACUACCCACGGUCGGUGGCUGUGCUGACGGAGUGCAUGAGGAACAAGGCGUUGGCCAAGUUUUUCCGCGAGCGCCAGGAAUCUCUGAGGCACUCCUUGCCUUUGGGCUCCUACCUGCUCAAGCCAGUGCAGAGGAUCCUCAAGUACCACCUACUGCUGCACGAGAUAGCCAACCACAUGGAGAAGGACACAGAGACAUAUGAGGUUGUGCAGGAAGCCAUAGAAACCAUGCAGAGAGUGGCCUGGCACAUCAACGAUAUGAAGAGGAAACACGAGCACGCCGUUAGGUUACAGGAGAUUCAGAGCCUGCUGACCAACUGGAAAGGCCCUGAUCUGAUUGGCUAUGGAGAGCUGGUUCUAGAGGGAACAUUCCGUCUGCAGCGGGCCAAGAACGAGAGAACCCUCUUCCUGUUUGACAAGCUCCUGCUCAUCACCAAGAAACGAGAGGAAACGUAUACGUACAAGGCCCACAUCCUGUGCUGUAACCUGAUGCUGGUGGAAGUGAUUCCAAAAGAACCACUGAGUUUCAGUGUGUUCCACUACAAAAACCCCAAACUACAGCACACAGUCCAGGCAAAAUCGCAGCAGGACAAGCGCAUGUGGAUCUUACACCUCAAGAGACUCAUACUUGAAAACCAUCCGGCCAAAAUCCCUGCCAAGGCCAAGCAAGCCAUUUUGGAGAUGGAUGCUAUGCAUCAUCCAGGGUUUCACUACAGCCCUGAUGGUGACAAGAAGGAUUCCCCUCAAACCAAGGAGGGCCCAACCCCACGUAGGGCACGCAGGAAGGAACCUCUGUCCAAAUUACUAAAAAAUGCAAAGCAUAGUGGUGCAAACACAGAUGGCCAAAAGCGGACAAGUCUAGGUGCCACCCUGCUCUCUCCAGUGUCCCAGCUGGCUCUGGGCACAAUUGGGCGCAGCCGCAGCCUUAUCAACCAAUCACAGGAGUCCCUGGACCCUGGUGAUCACUAUGACCAUAGUGACAGAGAGGAAGGGGAGGAGCCACAUCAGCAAGACGCCGAUGAUGAGGAUGAUAGUGGUCUGGGAGGAAAAAGGCUGCGAGUCCCUGGCAAAAGCAGCAGGAAGAGGCUGAAUCCUCAGGCCUCGGUUGAUAGCAUAGAACAGUGGAAAGCCUUCAAUAUGAGCCCGUCAGACCUACAGAGAGCCAGAGAAACCCUAGUGAGGGAGGGAAGCCACCACCCACCACUUCUCAGGACACCUAAUGUGACGGAGGAACCUCCAGACACCCCUAUUCCCUCCUUACUAGUCACAGGAACUGACCACCAAGUGAGGAACAUUUGGGCAGACCACCGAGCUCGCAGGGCCAUGUUCCCCACCCGCCAACGCACCAUGCAGCCCGAUGAUGAAGAUGAGGACAUCUACCAGAUGUUUGUGCCCACUGAACCCACUGGACCAGAACCAGAAACACCUACAGAGAUGCCAGAUGUCCCCUCAUCACCCAGGUCAGCUCGGCCCUGCAGCUGGCAUGUGGAACAGGUGCCCAUUGUGCAGAUAGACCCUCCACCCAAUGGGAGCAGAGUUCUGCGAAGGGCAAGCAGUGUGGGGGAGAAGGCUACAGAGACCCGACAAAGCCCUGAUGAUGAUCAGUCCGGUCACAGCAACCUGGAAGUGAUCCAUACUGAAUCAUCCAGCAAUGAGAUAUCUGGAUCAUCCUCAGCAGAGCAGCUUACAAUAGAUGAUAUUGAAAAUGUGUAUGACAACAUCAGCUAUGAGGACCUGAAGAGCAUGGGUCUGAUCAGAAGGGACCAGAAAGAGCGGCAGUCACUGAAGGAGACAUCGAAAGACACACAGGGUUCCCGGAGCCAGGCCGCGCUGGUACUAGAUGCUCCAGAGGUUUCAGGGUCCGCAGAGCCCAUGAUCGAACCAGACAGUUCUUCUGAGAGCAACCGGUCCUCCACACAGGAUGGUGCACCAUUUGGAACAUGUGACCUCAAGAUAGAGGAGGAAAACAUCUAUGACACCAUCUGUUUCAGGGAGUCUCCACUGCCGGAGAUUAAGAUAAUGAAUGAAGAGAACAAACUGGAACAAGAGCGGGACAGUCUGCUGGCCUCUGAACCUGAUCUGACUGAAAGCCUUGGGGGGUUUGUGUCUGAGGAGAGCCUCCAUUUUGGAGAGGAUGAAGGGCCAAAUGUACCCCAUCCUGUUCCAUGUUCUUCAGAGCCAGAUUAUUCCUCCUCAUCUGCUUCUGAGACAUUUUCCCAACAAUUACACACAGGGGAUAAAAUGUCAGAGCAGGUCGAUGAAAUCUGGAAUGACCUGGAAAACUACAUCAAGAACAAUGAGAAGAAGGCCGACCGACUGCCUGCUGCCUUCCCUGUAAGUACCAGUGAGUCGCCUAAGAAGACCUCUUCCAUAAAGAGCAGCCCUACAAAGAGUCCACCUGUAAUUAGCCCUCAGGCAGCCAGCCCCCCUUCCAAGAGUCCCCCAGCACAUCAGCCUAAACCCCCGUCUGUCUCCACGACACCAUCUUUCACCAUCCCAGUCAUAAAGCUUCCUGACCCUCUAAAUGAAGGUAACUCUGAAGAAGAAAGCCACUGCCCUCCUCCCCCCUCACUUCCCAUGCCUGUUACUCCAGAGCCCCUCCCGGGCACAGUGAAGAGCAUCCGCAAUAGAUUGGCUCGUCUCAGCAGCGGAAGUUUCCGCUUGGAGGAUGAUGAUUUGGUGGAGCUUCCCCAACGUGGUGCCUCACAGAAGGAGAGCUCUCUCAAGGACCUACUGUUUCCUGGGGAGCUGGCAGGUUUGGAUUCGCCCCUGGCCUCCUCCUCUCUCCUGCUGGGUGACUCUGUGGAUUUGGAGCUGAUGGACAAAACCAAGAACCGGGUGUUCCUGAUGGCACGGCAGUACAGCCAGAAGAUCAAGAAAGCCAAUCAGCUGCUGCGCAUGAGGAGCAUGGACCCUGGUGAUUCCUGUAGUCGGGCCAGAGCUGAAAAGAAGCAGAAAGACCUGGCAGCCAUAUUAGAGGAAAAGAAACAGGGAGGAGCAGCCAUAGGUGCCAGGAUAGCAGAGUACUCCCAGCUCUAUGACCAGGUAAUGUUUAAAGACCCUACUGGGCCAGGUGCCCAGACCUCCCCUGUGCCACACCACACCCAUCCAGGGCUGCCAUCCUCUCCGUCCAUGCCUGAGACCUCCCUGGAGGAGGACUGGCUCCAUGCCACCUACAGCAACGGAGAGCUGGCCAGCUUUGUCUCCUGGCCCAACGAGGUGGGGGAGGCACAAGCUUCUUCCACUCCGCAGCGCAGACUUACCACCGCCUGCUCCGUCCCUGCUCUCAAGACCCUCCCUCCCACUCCCACCACUGCACCAUCCCAGAGAUGGAGCACGUGCAUGUCUGCACCCAGCGAAAAAGAGGAGCAUGUGUACAGUUCCAUUAAGAGACAUCCUUCCUUUAAUGCCCCCUCUUCGUCCUCCGCAAUAACUUCCCAGCACAAUCGCUGUCAGUCAGCCAGCUCUCUGGGUGACAAGCAGCAGGAGAACAACCAAUCCGGAUCCAAACGAAAUGGACCAACUGUGGACCGAUCCUCAGAGAGACUCCAUGGCCCCAGUCUGGGCCGGGUAGGCCGGCAGAGCAGCCUGCCAGAGCGGUCCAGCCAGGGACAUUCAGACCUCACCUUACACGAUGGUCAGCAGGUGGUGGUCCUCAACCGGGCGUCUGCACUGAGCAUCCUUACCGCUACUCAGAACUACCUGGCCAACUUCAAGGACAAUGGGGACGAUGACGAUGACUAUGUAGAGAUCCGCUCUGAGGACGAGAGUGAGCAGGAAAAGGACAGGUCGGCACAGCGGAAUGGCAGCUCAGCGGCUCUCACAGAUCAGAACCGGGGUCUUGUCCAGUCCCAGAGUCUGCCGUGCACCCCAGUGCGCUCAUGCAACCCCCUGAGCCCUCUGGAGCAAGAGCGUCUGGAGAAGUACCUGUGGAGCGAGCCACAGCAGAGCCAGCCCAAGAUCGUCCAAUCCCUGCGGGAGAAGUUCCAGUGUCUGAGCUCUAGUAGCUUUGCCUGACUCUUUAUGACAACUGAAAGCCAAAUAAUAACUUACACCAUAUAGCAAGAAAAGGGACCCUCCAGCUUUGCCUGAAUGCCCUGUGUCAACACCAAGACUCAGACCACAAAAAGCAUACUAACACUCCUCAAAGCAAUUAUGUCACUCUUAAUACAGAUCAAUACCAAUUUCUUCCAUUUUAGCCACUAUUUGUAGUGAACUAUGUGAUGACCUAUUUUUGCUGUUUCGUGGCUUCUGUCAUGGUAAACAUGUAAUACCAUUACCACCUGACUAAUUCAAAUGGUCAAACAGCCACAUGUCAAACUGCAUGUGAGCUGCCCUAGCACUUCCAGUUUCAAACUGUCUUCCAUGCAUGUUUCAAAGAAUAAAAAAACAGUGACCUAAAAGAGGUCAAAGCAAUCAUUCUGUUAUGUUGUAUGCAAACCCAUUCAACCUAAAUGAAUGUGUUCUAAUAUUUAAAGGGAUGUGAAAGACAUAACACUUUUAUCACUUUACAUGCCUCGUAGAGAUAAAUGGAGUUAUUUGGAUAGAUUCUGCUGGAGUUACAGAUAGAGGAUUUGUACCAGUGAACUGCACUGUACAAAUAGUCUGGCAUAUCUGUUACUGUUGAUAAGAAGUGGGAUCCUUUCCAUGCCCAACAUCAAAUUCACAAUGAAUCAACAUUAAACUGAAGUACAAGCAUCAAGGAUUUGAUGUUCUGGACUCUGUGGAGGAUUUUGACUCCCCACAUUUUAGAGUACCUCUUCAAACAUGAUUUUAACAAAGCAUUUUCUUUUAAAUUAUCGUUAAGGGUAUCUUAACUGCAUUUACAGCACUAGUUUAUCUUAACCUGUAUAGGAGAGAUGAUCCACAUAAAUCAUUUUCAGCUGAUGGCUAGUGUUUUUAAUUGCGCUUACACUAUCAAACAGUUCUGAACAAGCAGCUUUACAAAUUUGCAGUUUGCUACUCAGGAUAGAAAUUUAGCAUUAUUUACAGCUUAUUAGCAAUAAUAGUAACAAAAAUAAUGCAACUCUAAAGGAAAUUAUGUUGGUUAUUAUGAGAUCCACUUGGCUGAAUAUAACUAACAGAGGGCAUGUACAAAGCGUAGACCUUCAAGUCUGUUUGAAGUUACUGUAUUUCUCUUUACCACCUUUGUCAUCAAUAGGGUGUCAUGCUUUAAAAUCAAGACAAGAUGCUGAUAACGUCAGAUAUUCUGUAAGCAGCUGUAGGACUUCGUAUUUAUUUUGAAUCUGUGAGCAAAUUGGAAAUAUUUUUAAGUACAUUGGUCCGGGGCAUCCAUUCUGCAGACUGAAAUGUGCAUCUAAAAAGUGGAUUUUUUUUUAAUCUUACUAAUUUUAAACUUUGUUUUUAAGAGGGACCAUGGAGGACAGCAUUAAGGCGAGUUAGUUAAAAGACUACAGUACUGUAUUUGGUGUACAUUUCAUGUAUUGUUUUUAAACUCAAAUGAAUAGUCAACUGUUUGUAUAUUUUGUUUACUUGUCACACUACUGAUGUUGCAUACACUCCACCCACCUCAGCACACAUUCACCAAAAGUCAUUAGAAAAAUGAUCAAAACUAGUUUGAAGGUUCUCAAUCAAAUAAAUAAUGUUCACGCAACACAAUUAUUUUCUUUUCCCCCAUGAAGUAAUACUAGUAUUUACAACACACAACGUUCAGUUUUGAACAAGUCACUUAAAAUGUCUUAUUUAUUUGAACGCAUCCCUGUUAUUUACCCUCUUAUCACUGUUACUACAAGUCACAAACAGUUUGUAAAUUAAAGUAAAAUGUAUUUAUUAAAAGACGGAUUUAUUCUGAUUUAGGGACGCUUGCUAAAUUUGAAUCAAAUACUGUGAAUGUUGUCAAAAACGUUAUUCUCUAUCACGCACUGUUUCUCAAUACCAGUUCCUUAUCACAAUAUUACAUAAAGAGGUGAAAUGCACAACAUCAUGGCCUACUGUUCAUACCAAGAAAUAUGCAUCAGAAACAAUUCAAGAAUAUGAAGUAUGUUGCAUUUUUAUGUUCUCGUUAUAUAUUUUUGUCCUCUUUCACUGGUGGGGAUUGUCAGUCUUCAUUGACUCUUUUUUGCACUUUUCUUUCUUUUUUACAUUUUACUUGUAAACACUUUGUAAAGAUGUACAUUUUAGGAAAGUUAUUCUUGUAUGCCAUAGGUAUGCUUUAUAAUGCUUUAAUGUUUAAGUUAAGUGUACUGUAUUUUUUUAACUGCCUAGUUGUCAUUGCUCAAGAAAACAAUGUAUCAGAGGUGAUAAAUAAAUUCAAAUUAAACUAAA